GUAUGCCCAAGUUUGGUAGACACGUUGCUAAUGGCCUAGGAGGUCUCCUUACAUCGAGAAUGCUCUGUCAGGCAAUCAAGUGAAAGGAUGUGCCGACGACCGGUGUCCUGCCCUUCUGAACGGUGCCGCCGUCUGCACGUGGGGAGAGGUUUGCCAUGCUGUAGAUAGGUGCAGAGCAAGUGGCAUUCAAUCCUUUUUCUCCUCAUCCUCAAUUUUCAUGAGAGCGAUCAAAGGAUCGUCAAGAACAAAGACAAGCUGUUGUUCUCUUCUUGGAAGAUUUUUCUCUUUCAGCACAAAGCAGGCGGCGAAGCAAGCCAGCGGAGCUAUGGCUGACCGGCACUUUGUGAAUGACAUGCCCGAUUUUGUUGAAGAAAGGGAGGACGGGGAGCAGGAGGAGGCGAAGACUGGGGAGGGGGGUUCUCUCAAGAGGUUGCUGUUUCUACCUUACGACAAAGCGUCCCUGAAGUUCUUACAGGCCGGUGUGGAGAUCAAAGAUAAGGUUGUGAAGGAAACAUGGCUUAGAGCCGGAGGCCGUGUAAAGAACUUUACCCUGUAUACUGGCUCUCUUGGAACGGCCUACUUGCUGCUCAAGGCUUAUAGAGUAACAAAGGAUGUAAAUGACCUUUCUCAAUGUGCAGAAAUAAUCGAAGCAUGCACAUCUGCAUCCAGAAGAAUGAGGGAGGAUGUGACAUUUAUCUGUGGCCAGGCUGGUGUCUAUGCUUUGGGUGCAGCAGCAGCAAAGCUCAAGGGGGACCAAGCACUGGUCGAUGAUUACUUGACCUUAUUUAAGGAGAUACCGAAAAGAAUGGAUAGUUUUGACGUUCCGUAUGAGCUGUUGUAUGGGAGAGUCGGAUAUCUAUGGGCAUGCACUUUUUUGAACGAGCACCUUGGCGAAGGAACAAUUCCAUUCACCCUCACUGACCCAAUAGUGAAGGAUGUAAUCAAGGAAGGUCGGCGAUUAUCUCAGCAAGGAGGGUCCCCUCUAAUGUAUGCAUGGCAUGGGAAAAAGUAUUGGGGUGCUGCUCAUGGCUUAGCAGGAAUCAUGCAUGUAUUGAUGGACAUGCAGCUGAACCCUGAAGAGCAGGAAAGUGUGAAAGGAACCCUUCGCUACAUGAUUCAGAACCGUUUCCCCAGUGGCAAUUACCCAUCAAGUGAAGGAAGCAGCACAGACCGACUGGUACACUGGUGUCAUGGAGCCCCAGGUGUUGCUCUUACGUUGUGCAAGGCUGCUAAGGUAUUCAGGGACGAGCAGUUUGCAGAAGCUGCAGUGGAUGCAGGGGAGGUCGUUUGGAGGCGGGGGCUGUUGAGGCGCCUGGGGAUUUGCCAUGGCGUGAGUGGGAAUGCAUAUGUCUUCCUUUCUCUCUAUAGGUUGACAGGGAAGCAGGAGUAUUUAUACAAAGCCAAGGCGUUUGCUGCGUUCCUGCUAGACGGGGCUAGCAGGCUUAUUUCAAGUGGGGAAAUGCAUGGAGGUGAUAACCCCUACUCUCUGUUUGAAGGCAUGGGGGGCAUGGCCCAUCUCUUUCUGGACAUGGGCAGGCCUUCUGAUGCAAGAUUUCCAGCUUACGAGCUCUAGAUGUGUAUAUAAAGGAAUGAUCCUUGUGUAAAUCUUUGAGAUUCCAUAAUAUUUGCUUGCUACGGAAA